AUGUCAAGUGUUGCAGCCAAACAGCAUCUGACACAUGUGCUGCCCGACCUGCACUCGCUCCACCUGUUACUGGCUCGACUGGACUGGUCCCAGUCGGCUUCAGCUUUAACGCGAGUCAUCCCUGCAGACUGCAGGAAGACAGAGCUGAAGCCCCGGCAGGAGAGUGGGGAAGGAGUUAGUCGGUAUCCCUAUGAUGCGGCAGCACCUUCUCUGCAGACAUUCCAGUUCCUGGGUCAAGUGCUUUUGGAGGCCGGCCCAGACAGGUCGCACAGCAGCAGCAGCAUGAAUCUCUCAGAUGCUCUAGACGAGGGGCGCCCUGGAGGCAACAACCAAUCGGGAGGUGUUUGGCCCACAAAUCCCUCCAAUCCUACUUGGCCAGGUCAACCAGGUGCUAACCCCACCUGGCCCGGAGGUCAACCAGGUGCCAACCCCACCUGGCCCGGAGGUCAACCGGGUGCCAACCCCACCUGGCCCGGAGGUCAACCAGGUGCCAACCCCACCUGGCCCGGAGGUCAACCAGGUGCCAACCCCACCUGGCCCGGAGGCCAACCAGGUGCCAACCCCACCUGGCCUGGAGGUCAACCAGGUGCCAACCCCACCUGGCCCGGAGGUCAACCGGGUGCCAACCCCACCUGGCCCGGAGGUCAACCGGGUGCCAACCCCACCUGGCCCGGAGGUCAACCGGGUGCCAACCCCACCUGGCCUGGAGGGAACCCAAGUCAACCCCCUGGGCCUGGAGGAUGGCCAAGUCCUUCACCUGGACCUGGACCUGGACCUGGACCUGGACCUGGACCUGGACCAAUCAUCCCCACUGCCCCCCAACAGAAUCUGGCAGUUCCCUAUGACCAAAAACUACCAAACGGAGUGUAUGACAAGGUGCUCAUCAACAUCGUUGGAACCAUUAAACCUAAUGCUGACAAGAUCACUGUAAACUUAUCCACACCCAACGAUUUGGCCUUUCACUUCAACCCUCGCUUCAAUGAGAGUGGCAAGAAGGUGGUCGUCCGGAACAGCUGCAUCGGAAAGAAGUGGGGAAGAGAGGAGAGAGAACUGACGCACUUCCCAUUAGUCCAGGGUCAACCGUUCAAGAUAACAUUCCUGUGUACCAACACAGAGUUUAAGGUGGCGGUUAAUCAGUCUCAUCUGCUUGAGUACAAACACCGGAUCACCAACCUGAAAUCUAUCAACAGAGUCAGUGUCUUCGGAGACCUCAGCCUUUCCAGUGUCCACGUGGAGAACCUCCACUAAUACUGAUGCCUGAUCAGCCAGGGAUCUACA